AUGCCACUCAUUCUCAUCUCCGGCUUUCCCUCAAGCGGCAAAACCCACCGCAGCGAACAAGUAAAGGAAUACUUUUCGCAAAGGAUACUCGAGUCACAAGACACACGCAUCUCCAAGCUCAAGAUCCAUCACUUGAACGACCAAAACCUAGGGCUAGACCGCGAUGUCUAUGCUGCUGCAAGGAGCGAGAAAGAUGCAAGAGCGACCUUGUCGUCGGCGAUCAAGAGAGACUUGACUGCCAAUUCGAUCGUUAUCGCCGACUCCAUGAACUAUAUCAAGGGCUUUCGCUAUCAGAUGUUCUGUGAGGCGAAAGCUCAGCGGACGCCGAGUUGUGUGGUACACAUCGGCACACCCGUAGACAAAUGUCGCGAACUGAACCAACAAGCCCUCGACGCAGGCACAGGCGGCUACGCACCCGAGCUGUUCGAAAACCUCGUCUUCCGCUACGAAGAGCCCAACGGCAUGACACGCUGGGACUCUCCUCUGUACACCGUUCCCUACGACGACUCCACACCACCGCUAGAAGAACUCUGGGACACCCUCGUCGGCGGCAAAGUCAAAGCCGUGAAACCCAACUCCGCUACCGUCCUUGCGCCAGCAACCGAGCAAAAUUACCUGUACGAGUUGGACAAAAUGACAUCUGAUAUCGUUGCGCAAAUUUCAAGUUGGCAGAAAGAUCACUCAGGAGAAAGUGGUGGUGAGGUUGUGGUGGAGGGAGCGGAGAAUGCGAUUGAGUUACCUGCGAAUACCCUGGGAUUGCCGCAGUUGCAGAGGUUGAGAAGGCAGUUCAUUACGAUGAAUCGCACGCACAGUCUGACGAAAGAUCGCAUCAAGGACUUGUUUGUGGAUUAUUUGAACGACACCUUCAACGCAGCAUGA